CGUUGCUCUACUUAACAAGCUUCAGCUUACAGACUUACACACAGAGGGAAAGAGGGGGACCUCUUGCUUGUUUUCAGGGACUAGGUAGUUUCUUGAUGCUGUCCUGAGCAAAAACAUGGCAACAACACCAAAGGUUCAUUCUUCGGGCAGUAAAGGGAGGAGUCGGAUUUCCAUUUUCAUUAUCAUCGCUCUCUGUUGCUUCUUUUACUUGUUGGGAGUGUGGCAGAAGAGUGGUUUUGGUAAAGGCGAUGGCUACGCUAUGGAGAUGAAUAAGCAGCAGGUGAACUGCAAUAUCUCCCCGUCUCUGGACUUCGAGAGCCACCAUAAGUAUGUGGCUUUUGUCGAAUCAUCCGAGCCCAAAGCCAAAGUGUUUGAGCCAUGUGAUGCUAAGUUCACUGACUACACGCCUUGCCAAGAGCAAGACCGGGCCAUGAAAUUCCCUAGGGAGAACAUGAUUUAUCGAGAAAGGCAUUGCCCGCCGCAGGAGGAGAAAUUGCACUGCUUGAUCCCAGCGCCCAAUGGAUACACGACCCCUUUCCCUUGGCCAAAGAGCCGUGACUAUGUUUAUUACUCUAAUGUUCCUUUUAAGAGCUUGACGGUGGAGAAGGCUAACCAGAACUGGGUUGAGUAUCAGGGUAAUGUAUUCAAAUUUCCAGGAGGUGGGACGAUGUUUCCUCAAGGGGCGGAUGCAUAUAUCGAUGAGCUUGCACGAGUCAUUCCAAUAGCUGAUGGCACAGUCAGAACUGCUCUGGACACCGGUUGCGGAGUUGCUAGCUGGGGUGCUUAUAUGCUGAAGAGAAACGUGCUGCCAAUGUCGUUUGCACCAAGGGACAACCACGAGGCCCAGGUGCAGUUUGCUUUGGAGCGAGGCGUGCCAGCAAUUAUUGGGGUGCUUGGUUCCAUAAAACUUCCUUACCCGCCCCGAUCAUUUGAUAUGGCACAAUGUUCGAGGUGCUUAAUACAAUGGGCUUCCAAUGAUGGCAUGUACUUGAAGGAAGUUGAUCGGGUUCUUAGACCUGGUGGAUACUGGGUCUUGUCUGGUCCUCCGAUCAAUUGGAAGACAUACUAUAAGACGUGGAAAAGGACAAAAGAAGAUUUGGAGGCCGAACAAACAAGAAUUGAAGAUUUGGCCAAAAGCCUUUGCUGGGAGAAGAAGUAUGAGAAGGGGGAUAUUGCUAUCUUUAGGAAGAAGAUCAAUGCCAAGUCUUGCAAAAGAAAAUCGGCUAACUAUUGUGAAGCCUCAGAUGACGACGACUUGUGGUAUAAGAAAAUGGAGACGUGUGUAACUCCCUUCCCAGAGGUGGAGAGUCCUACUGAAGUAGCGGGAGGAGAGUUGAAGAAGUUUCCAGCUCGGCUUUAUGAUGUUCCACCUCGGGUACGCAAUGGUGAAGUUCCUGGGGUCACACCGGAAUCGUACGAAGAGGACAGCAAGCUUUGGAAAAAGCACGUUGCAGCUUACAAAAGGAGUAUUAGAUUGCUCGGCACCACAAGAUACAGAAACAUUAUGGAUAUGAAUGCUGGCCUCGGAGGCUUUGCUGCGGCCUUGGAGUCAUCAAAGCUUUGGGUGAUGAAUGUUGUUCCGAUAAUUGCUGAAAAAACUCUAGGCGUCAUCUACGAGAGAGGAUUGAUCGGCAUGUAUCACGAUUGGUGUGAAGGAUUCUCUACUUAUCCAAGGACGUAUGACCUCAUUCACGCCAGCGGCUUAUUCAAAUUAUACGAUAACAAGUGUGAAUUUGAAGACAUACUCCUAGAAAUGGACCGGAUUUUGAGGCCGGAAGGGAUGGUGAUCGUUCGGGAUGAAGUGGACGUGAUAAACAAGGUGAUGAAGAUCGCGGGAGGGAUGAGAUGGGAUUUAAAAAUGGUGGAUCAUGAAGAUGGCCCUCUUGUUCCUCAGAAGAUACUGAUUGCAAUGAAACAAUAUUGGGUGGCAGCUGCUGCCUCCAAUUCUACUGAUCAAUGAGGUUAUGCUGUUAUAUUGCUAUCUUCAGGAGAGAAAGACACACUUAAAGUAAAUCUUAGCAAUUAUUUACUCAAUGAAUUUUGUUUUAUUUACUUAAUUUAACACUAUCAACUUGGAGGGUGCACCAUAUUUUGUAUUCAGCAAUUGUAUCUAUAUUUGUUUCAAGUUAAUGGACAAAUAAGAGAAGUUACUUAUUUA